CGGAAGUGCGCGCAUGGCCGCGGCCGUCCGUGUGUCCCGCUGCGCCCGCCUGCCAGGUAAGCGCGGCGGCGUCCUGGGCGCGGCGGCCCUGGUGGCGCUGCUGGCGGCCGCGCUGGCGCUGUGGGGGCCGCCGCUGGACGCAGCCCUCGCCGGGCUCGUCUCCGCGCGGACGGCGACCAUGGACGGCGCCCUGCGGCUCGCGAGAGGCCUCGUCCCCCCCCUGGCCGCCGGCAGCCACAAGGGUCGGGACGGCCGCGUGGCCGUGGUCGGGGGCUGCCGCGAGUACACGGGUGCCCCGUACUUCGCCGCCAUCUCAGCUCUCAAAGCGGGUGCAGACCUGGCCCACGUGUUCUGUGCCCGGGAGGCCGCGCCCGCCAUCAAGGCCUACAGCCCCGAGCUGAUCGUGCACCCGGUGCUCGACAGCCCGGGCGCGGUGGGCGAGGUGGAGAAGUGGCUGCCCCGCCUGCACGUCCUGGUGGUGGGCCCCGGCCUCGGGAGGGACGAGCAGCUGCUGGCCAGCGUCAAGGGCAUCCUGGAGGCGGCCAGGGCCAGGGACCUGCCUGUGGUCAUUGACGCGGACGGGCUGUGGCUGGUGGCCCGGCAGCCGGAUCUGGUCCGCGGCUAUGCCAAGGCCGUGCUCACCCCCAACCACGUGGAGUUCAGGCGGCUGCGGGAGGCCGUGGUGCGGGACGACGGCGGGGAAGACGGGGAGGCGGUGCGCGGGCUCAGCGAGGCCCUGGGCGGCGUGACCGUGCUGCGCAAGGGGGAGCGGGACCUGGUGUCUGACGGGCGGCAGGCCCCCUCCGCAGUGCUGGUCUGUGACCAGGAGGGCAGUCUCCGCCGCUGUGGGGGCCAAGGGGACAUCCUGGCCGGCUCCCUGGGUGUCCUGCUGCACUGGGCCCUGCUCGCCGGGCCGCAGAAGACCAACGGGUCCAGCCCCCCACUCCUGGCCGCGCUGGGCGCCUGUGCCCUCACCCGGCGCUGCAGCCUCCGAGCCUUCCAGAAGCACGGCCGAGCCACCACGGCCUCCGACAUGGUCGCUGAGCUGGGCCCGGCCUUCCACGAGCUCUUUGAGAGCUGAGCCCGCGGGGCUCACCGAAGGUGACAGGGUUGCUCCCCAUGGUGGCCCCCGGCAGGGGCGAGGCUGACUCCAGCCUUCCGGCUCCUUGAAGACCCGAGGGACCCAGUGACCCUGGUCUCUGUGCGUCCGCCCAGGCCCCACAUGACGGGGCUGGGGGCAGCUGGCGCCCGCCUCGCAGUGAGGUCUGCUCCUGACAGCGUCCCUGGGCCUCAGCCCCUCCCAUCCCCCGGGACGUGUGCCCAGCCCGAUGC